AUGAAGCUCAUUGCAGUCUCUGGGCUGGUGACUGAAGGAGGGAGGGGGAGGAGAGGGAAGGAGAGGAGAGGAGAGGAGAGGUUUAGCUACUUCUGUCUGAGAAUCGAUAGCUAUCGUCUGCAUACCGGAUGGCAUCUCCAGCACACAGUACUGCAGACAGGGAUAGCAUCUCUCUUAGCAUCUCUGUUAGCAUCUCUAACUAAAUACAAAUAGGAAUUAACAUUUCUACUUUAGCAUCUUAAGCUAACUAUGUAGGAUUUUCAAAAUGAGCCGUUAGCAUUUCUAAUAUAAUUGAAUAGAGGACUUAGCAUUUAGCUAAUGACAUCAUCGGUCUCUCUAUGCUACCUUGCUAGCUUACACAUGUUGUAGGGAGCCGGCACAGACGCUCCUCUCUCUCUCUCUCUCUCUCUCCUCUCGCUAUCUCUCUCUCUCUCUCUCUCUCUCUCUCUCCCACUCUCUCUCUCUCUCCCACUCUCUCUCUCUCUCUCUCUCUCUCUCUCUCUCUCUCUCUGUCUCGCUCACUCACUCACACACACUCCAUCCCUCUCUCAUCCCCACCCACACCCAAGGAUUCUCCCUCUCCCUCUCCUCUAUAUCUCUCUCUCUCUCUCUGUCGAUCUCUGUCUUUUUAGGAGAAGAAGGGAUGCUUGUUUGAUUCCUCUUAUUGAACUGACUCUUUUUGAUGCUGUAGACUUUAAACCCUUUGUGUGCUGGUUACUUUGCCCUACCUGUGGAGGAUCCUGGUAGUCAGCCAGCCUCUGGAGCGUGUUGUAGCCCCAGCCGCAGCCACCAUGCUGGGCUUGGAUGUGUGUGAGUUUGGGGGUCAGGUUCUGGAGCUUCUCUGGCUAACCAUGUGCUACCAAGGUGACUGCCUUUUAUGUUGUUUUACCGCUGUGUGUGUGUGUGUGUGUGUGUGUGUGUGUGUGUGUCUUUCUGUCUCUAAUCUAAUCUCAGUGUAGAUUAUUUUCUCAGUGUGUGUGUGUGUGUUAUCGGUCUCUAGGUGGGUGGAGAUGGUUUUAUGUUUGAUAUGAUAAGACAAGCCAAAGGUGGUCCAUAUUGUAUUGAUCAUGCAUCCUUUGUGGUGUGUGUGUGUGUGUGUGUGUGUGUGUGUGUGUGUGUGUGUGUGUGGUGGUUGUUGUAAUUACAUGUCUCAGGUCUUGUUGAAUCAGGGCUUUUCGGUUCACACACUCCUGGUUGUCUGCCAAUUGGGCGUAUGUAUGUGUGUGUGUGUGUGUGUGUGUGUCUGUUAGCUGAAUGAUGUCACCACAUUUACCAUACCAUUCCCCCCCCCCCAGUCAAAGUGAUGGAUGAUAGUGUGUGUGUGGGGGGGGGGGGAGAGCAGACACAUGUUACACUGAGUGAAUCAAUUAGACGUUCUCCCCAAGGCGUUUGUGUAGAUGCCUGCGUUCGUUCGUGUGUUUACGUAGAUGCCUGCGUUCGUUCGUGUGUGUGUUUGUGUGUCCUCCGCCCCAUUGCCUUCUGAGUGUAUCCAGUAAAAUCCCAGUAAAAUGCACUGGCCCAUGUAACAAUCUCAUAAAGGGACAUGAGAGAGAGACAAACAUCCUCCCUACGACCAACAGUAUUCCAACCAACCUACUACUGUGUGUCUGUGUGUGUCAGUGUGUGUCAGUGUGUGUCAGUGUGUGUCUGUGUGUGUCAGUGUGUGUCUGUGUGUGCCUGCCUGUGUGUGUGUGUCUGAGGAGACUCCUAGGAAUAAAGGGGGACCCCCCCCCCCCCCCCCCCCCCCCCCCUAUCUCUGUUUUAGGCCAUCGUUGUAAAUAAGAAAUUUGUUCUUAAUUGACCCUUGGCUAAGCCCCGCCCCAGAACCAAUCGCAACACUCCAAUGGAGAGCAACUGCCGUCGACAAGCUCAUCGCAUGAAAGGCAGUGAGGGCUGUGGCAAAACGAUGAGUUUUCUUUAAAAAAAUAAUUAGUUUAAAUGGAUAAAUAGUUAAACAUUGCACCAGGGGUACUGUGAUUCCUGAAAUGCAGUCUGUUGAUGUAGUAUUUUUUAAAAAUCCAUAAUUAUACUUUCGUUACAUUGUUGCUCAGCUGGUUAGCUAGAUCACUUAAUAUAACUUGUUUUCUCGAAAUGUACACUUAACAAAAAAAAUUACGCAACAUGUAAAGUGUUGGGUCCCAUGUUUCAUGAGCUGAAAUAAAAGAUCCCAGAAAUGUUCCAUACGCACAAAAAGCUUCAGACGGCGUGUUCCAGUUCCCGCCAAUAUCCAGCAACAUCACACAGCCAUUGGAGAGGAGUGGGACAACAUUCCACAGGCCACAAUCAACAGCCUGAUCAACUCUAUGCGAAGGAGAUGUGUCGCGCCGCAUGAGGCAAAUGGUGGUCACACCAGAUACAAGAAACUGACUGAUUCUGAUCCACGCCCCUACUUUUUUUUUAAGGUACACUACAUUGCCAAAAGUAUGUGGACACCUGUUCGUCGAACACCUCAUUCCAAAAUCAUGACCUUUAAUAUGGAGUUGGUCCCCCCUUUGCUGCUAUAACAGCCUCCACUCUUCUGGGAAGGCUUUCCACUAGACGUUGCAACAUUGCUGCGGGGACUUGCUUCCAUUCAGCCACAAGAGCAUUAGUGAGGUUGGGCACUGAUGUUGGGCGAUUAGGCUCGCAGUCAGCGUUCCAAUUCAUCCCAAAGGUGUUCGAUGGGGUUGAGGUCAGGGCUCUGUGCAGGCCAGUCAAGUUCUUCCACACCGAUCUCGACAAACCAUUUCUGUAUGGACCUCGCUUUGUGCACGCGAGUAUUGUCAUGCUUAAACAGGAAAGGGCCUUCUCCAAACUGUUGCCACAAAGUUGGAAGCAGAGAAUCGUCUAGAAUGUCAUUGUAUGCUAUAGCGUUAAGAUUUCCCUUCACUGGGGGAAACCAGCCCGAACCAUGAAAAACAGCCCCAGAUCAUUAUAUAUAAUAUAAUAUGCCAUUUAGCAGACGCUUUUAUACAAAGCGACUUACAGUCAUGCGUGCAUACAUUUUUGCGUAUGGGUGGUCCCGGGGAUCGAACCCACUACCUUGGCGUUACAAGCACCGUGCUCUACCAGCUGAGCUACAGAGGACCAUUAUUCCUCCUCCACCAAACUUUACAGUUGGCACUAUGCAUUCGGGCAGAUGGCGUUCUCCUGGCAUCCGCCAAACCCAGAUUAGUCCGUCGUACUGCCAGAUGGUGAAGCGUGAUUCAUCACUCCAGAGAAAGCAUUUCCACUGCUCCAGCGUCCAAUGGGGGCGAGAUUUACAGCACUCCAGCCAACGCUUGGCAUUGCGCAUGGUGAUCUUAGGCUUGUGUGCGGCUGCUCGGCCAUGGAAACCCAUUUCAUGAAGCUCUCGACAAACAGUUAUUGUGCUGACGUUGCUUCCAGAGGCCGUUUGGAAUUCUGUAGUGAGUGUUGCAACAGAGGACAGAUGCGCUUCAGCACUCGGCGGUCCCGUUCUGUGAGCUUGUGUGGCCUAACACUUUGCGGCUGAGCCGUUGUUGCUCCUAGACGUUUCCACAUCACAAUAACAGCACUUAGUUGACCGGGCAGCUCAAGCAGGGCAGAAAUUUGACUAACUGACAUGACGGUGCCACGUUGAAAGUCACUGAGCUUUUCAGUAUGGGCCAUUCUACUGCCAGUGUUUGUCUAUGGAGAUUGCAUGGCUGUGUGCUCGAUUUUAUACACCUGUCAGCAAUGGGUGUGGCUAAUUUGAAGGGGUGUCCACAUACUUUUGGUCAUGUAUUGUAUCUGUGACCAGAUGCAUAUCUGUAUUCCCAGUCAUGUGAAAUCCAUAGAUUAAUGAAUGUAUUUCAAUUUACUGAUUUCCUUUUAUGAACUGUAACUCAGUAAAAUCUUAGAAAUUGUUGCAUGUUGCGUUUUAUAUUUUUGUUCAGUAUAUGUUAGCUAACUAAGUUAGCAAUGGUAUCAAUACAACUCCCAUCAGGAUACGAUUUGAGAGCGCUAGUUAGCUCCAAAAGUGGUAAUAGCUUUGACUGCUUGCUGACAGUGACUUCAGAGCCAUUCAGUGGCUAGCCAUAAUGCAAACAUCAUUUGACCAGGUUUUACCUCGAAGCAGUCCACCACAACAUACCCAAUAGUCUUGUGAUUAGCAAGAGGUUGUCUGUGUUUAAUUUCAUUGUGUAUGAGAAACAUUGUUUGAGAUCAUGACAUUUUACAUUUACAUUUUAGUCAUUUAGCAGACGCUCUUAUCCAGAGCGACUUACAGUUAGUGAGUGCAUACAUUUUUCAUACUGGCCCCCCCGUGGGAAACGAACCCACAACCCUGGCGUUGCAAGCGCCAUGCUCUACCAACUGAGCUACAUGGGGCCCCAGUUUAGUCACAUAAUUUCUCAAUUUACAAUAUGUCUGCCAAUCAGAUGUGAAGCCAGACAUAUUUGCCACUCCCUUUGCUUUAUUUCUCUCAACUACACAGUUUUUCAAUUCCUCAUCAAUCCAGGGGACCUUAACAGUUCUAAUAACUGGAAGAAACAAAAUAAUGUUUCGUAUGCAUCUCAUCUUUUGUGGGACUCUACCCUUCUAUCCACCUCCACAUCCCCAAAAACAUUUAAAUAACUUCAGCUAAAAGCUAGAAACAGUGCUGUUUUAAACAUAGAGCUACAGUAAGAUUCAGAUUGAUAAAAUAAAAUAAAAGGAGUUAAAGUUUAAUUUUUAAAAAUGAUUCUAAAAUAAUGUUUUAAUACAAAUCAAACAGUAAACAGGACUAGAUGUGCGACUUCUCUCCAACAUCAUUGGGAGGGGAUUUCGCCUGUGGUUGAAUGAGGAAUUGGGCUUCCCGGGAAAAUGUUGUCCGAGGUCUAAACAGCGAAGGGCAAAUUGACUUACCUGGUUAAAUACAGGUUGAAAAAUAAAUCAUCCCCAGCUGCAGGCUGUUGGUUUUUCUGUAAUUCAGUAGAGAGCCAUAUUCCCAGUCCUGACUCAGAUGUUUAUGUUUAUGCAAAGCUCCAUUGACGUCAAUAAUACUUGAUCACACCAUUGUGUGAAUUUUGUGAGGAUGUGCCCCAAGUCUGUGGUAUCCAGUGUGCAUCUGACAAAACUACUGUACCCCCGCUGACCAUACAUGGUAUACACCCCACUGCAAACUACUGUCCCCCGCUGACCAUACAUGGUAUUACCCCAUCUGACAAAAAUACUGACCCCCGCUGACCAUACAUGGUAUUACCCCAUCUACCUCUUAACCAUACUGGUUUCCCCAUCACACCUGUACCCCCGACCAUACAUGGUAUUACCCCCAUCUGACAAAACUAUGUACCCCGCUGACCAUAUGGAUUACCCCCCCUAGCCCCCGCGACCAUACUGUAUACCCAUCUGAAAAAAUACUGUACCCCCCUACAGACUGUUUACCCCAUUGCACUAUGUACCCCGUGACCAUACUAUUACCCCAUCUGACAAAACUACUGUACCCCCGCUGACCAUACAUGGUAUUACCCCAUCUGACAAAACUACUGUACCCCCGCUGACCAUACAUGGUAUUACCCCAUCUGACAAAACUACUGUACCCCUGCUGACCAUACAUGGUAUUACCCCAUCUGACAAAACUACUGUACCCCCGCUGGACCAUUACUGGGUAUUACCCCAUCUGACCAAAACUUACUGUACCCACCGCCUGACCAUAAAUGGGUAUUUCCCCCAUCUGACAAAACUACUGUUACCCCCGCUGACCACAUGGGUAUUACCCCAUCUGACAAAACUACUGUAACCCCGCUGGACCAUACAUGGUAUUACCCAUCUGACAAAAACUUACUUACCCCCCGCUGGACCAUACAUUGGUUAUUACCCCAUUGACAAAACUACUGUACCCCCGCUGACCAUAACAUGGUAUUACCCCAUAUCUGACAAAACUACUGUGACCCCCCGCUGACCCAUACAUGGUAUUUACCCCAUCUGACCAAAAAUACUGUACCCCCCGCUACCAACAUUUUAUUACCCCAUCUGACAAAACUACUGUACCCCCCCCCUGACCAUACAUGUUUAUUACCCCAUCUGACCAAAACUACUGUACCACCCUGACCAUACAGGGGUAUUACCCCCAUCUGACAAAACUACUGUACCCCCGCUGACCAUACAUGGUAUUACCCCAAAGUGUUCUCAGUUGGACUCAGUUGGUUGGACUCAGUCGGCUGGACUCAGUUGGUUGGACUCAGUUGGUUGGACUCAGUUGGUUGGACUCAGUGGGUUUGGGAAACUCAUUUGGGUUUUGGACUCAGUUGGUUGGACUCAGUUGGUUGGACUCAGUUGGUUGGACUCAGUCGGUUGGACUCAGUUGGUUGGACUCAGUUGGUUGGACUCAGUUGGUUGGACUCAGUCUUUUGGACUCAGUUGGUUGGACUCAGUUGGUUGGACUCAGUCGGUUGGACUCAGUUGGUUGGACUCAGUUGGUUGGACUCAGUCGGUUGGACUCAGUCGGGACCCGAACCAGCGACCUCUCGGCCACCGCCCCAAGCUCCCAACUGCCAGGCCACCAACCAUCCAAGGUCCCCCCCCAGUUCCCCCAUGAGAGCUGCCCCUCAACACACAAUCUUUAGUGUUGAAAGCUCCAUGCUCUACCAACUGAGCCACACAGGACCACUGGUGGAGUCAGUUGGACUCAGUUGUAGUCAGUUGGACUCAGUUGGAGUCAGUUGGACUCAGUUGUAGUCAGUUGGACUCAGUUGUAGUCAGUUGCUCAGUUGGACUCAGUUGGUUGUAGUCAGUUGGACUCAGUUGUAAUCAGUUGGACUCAGUUGUAGUCAGUUGGACUCAGUUGUAGUCAGUUGGACUCAGUUGUAGUCAGUUGGACUCAGUUGUAGUCAGUUGCUCAGUUGGACUCAGUUGGUUGUAGUCAGUUGUAGUCGGUGUGUAGUCAGUAGGACUCGGUUGUAGUCAGUAGGACUCGGUUGUAGUCAGUUAGUUGUAGUCAGUAGGUUGUUUUAGUAAUGUCACACUGUUGACCAUCUUCUACUUCCUCAUAUUGUGUUGUGCCAUGAGGCUUGAGCCAUUAUAUUUAUUGGACAGGAUAGAGAUACAGAAAUAGGAAGUAGAUCAGAGUUUGACCGCUCCAGCACCCAAGGCUGUUUUUGUAAAGGAGUGGGCCAUUUAACCACUUUCACUUAUUCUGUGUACUGACUGAGUUAGUGGAUACUUCCUCAAGUGAAACCGUUGAAAUCAGAUACCAAGUGAUUCAUAGCGUUAAUAGAGUUCCAAUCUAUUCGUAUUAUUUAUCUUCAUGAUAUGGGCAUUAUCAGUAUAGUGAUGUCAUGUUAUAAGGACACUUUAUUCAUUUAUUUAUUUAUUUAAGGGGUUGCCAUGGAGACGGAAAGAGAGCAGCUUAUUCGGCACUGGUCGUCAAGGAGACUGUAAAUAACAGACACUCAGGAGAGAACACACACACACACACACCUAUCUAUGGUCCACGGGGGAGAUGACCCCGUCUAGACAGGUGGAAGGCAUUAUGUCAUCCUGUGGUGUGUGUGUGUCCGUGUGCGUGCACGUGUGUGUUUUGCAGAGCUGCUCUGUUCUAGAUAAUUAACCAUACAAGCAACUCUACAUCCCACCACAAGCUGUUAAACAGUUAACCCGUUACAGUGCUCUGUUCGCUGUAAGUAACCUGUAGCAACAACAGGGUGAUCAAAUGAAGAUCCUACAUCUGUAACCUGUAGCAACAACAGGGUGAUCUAAUGAAGAUCCUACAUCUGUAACCUAUAGCAACAACAGGGUGAUCAAAUGAAGAUCCUACAUCUGUAACCUGUAGCAACAACAGGGUGAUCAAAUGAAGAUCCUACAUCUGUAACCUGUAGCAACAACAGGGUGAUCAAAUGAAGAUCCUACAUCUGUAACCUAUAGCAACAACAGGGUGAUCAAUUGAAGAUCCUACAUCUGUAACCUAUAGCAACAACAGGGUGAUCAAAUGAAGAUCCCAAACCUCUAACCUGUAGCAACAACAGGGUGAUCAAAUGAAGAUCCUACAUCUGUAACCUGUAGCAACAACAGGGUGAUCAAAUGAAGAUCCUACAUCUGUAACCUGUAGCAACAAUGCUUUUCUCCUCUGACAAUACAACAUCUGAUUCAAAGGGUGUGUGGCAGAUAUCAAAACUCUUCCUGGUAGGAGACACUUGUGCUUCCUGACCAAAAGGUGGCUAUGGAGGAGGGGAGGAUCGUCUUCUGUUUACCUACUAAUGAAUUGACACACUGCUCGACCACUCAACCACUCAACCACUUAUCGGUUUCCGGGUCACGGAGGAGAGAGGACAGAGGAGAGAGGGUGGAGAACAAACUUUUGCCCAAAUGAGAAAAGGCCAGAGAGACAGACAGAGAGAGAGAGAGACAGACAGACAGAGAGAGACAGACUGAGGGGGACAGAGAGAGAGAGACAGUCAGAGAGGGACAGAGGGAGAAAGACAGAGAGAGACAGACAUAGAUGGACAGAAAGAGAAAGACAGAGAGGGACAGAGAGAGACAGACAGAGAGAAAAAGAGUGAGAGAAAGAGAGUGUGAAUGUGAGCGAGAUGCAGGGUCCCUGAUUGCGUUGUUACCCUGUGUUCCCAUGCAGGUUUGAUGGCGGAUAAGGAGGAGAAGCCUGUGGGAGAGGAGGAGGACGAGACAGACCUGAACUACACUCCUCCGGCCCAGAAGACCCUGCAGGAGAUACAGGAACUAGACAAGGAUGAUGAGAGUCUCAGGAAAUACAAACAGACUCUACUAGGAGCUGGACCAGUGGUGGGAGGUCAGUGUGUGUUACUGUGUGUGUGUGUGUCUGUGUGUGCUUCCUAGCAAUUGACAUGGACCCUGCCAUCAAGACCACAGUAAUACAGUACUGGAUCACUGCAUCAAAGACCAACAGUAAAUCUAGUUAACUGGGACCCUGCAUCAAGACCACAGUAUACUAGUACUGGAACCCUGCCAUCAAAGACCCCAGUUAAUACUAGUACUGGACCCGCAUCAAAGACCACAGUAAUACUAGUACUGGACCCUUCAUCAAAAGACCACAGUAAUACUAGUACUGGACCCUGCAUCAAAGACCACAGUAUACUAGUAUGGACCCUGCAUCAAAGACCACAGUAAUACUAGUACUGGACCCUGCAUCAAAGACCACAGUAAUACUAGUACUGGACCCUGCAUCAAAGACCACAGUAAUACUAGUACUGGACCCUGCAUCAAAGACCACAGUAAUACUAGUACUGGACCCUGCAUCAAGACCACAGUAAUACUAGUACUGGACCCUGCAUCAAAGACCACAGUAAUACUAGUACUGGACCAUGUCAUCAUGUCAUCAUGUCAUCAUGUCAUCAUGUCAUCUAGUCAUCUUGUGUGUAUCAUUUACCACUGUCUAAUAGAGUUGAUUCACCCUGGUAUCUAGUGUUAUUGCUGCUUUAAUAAUAGCUCUCACUCAAUAUUAUGACCAGAACCCCCCACUUCUGAACCAUCUCUCUGUGUGUGUUUUUCAGACCCGACCAUUCCCAAUCUCCAGGUCACCAGACUGACCCUGAUGUGUGACCAAGCACCUGGUCCUAUCACCAUGGACCUCUCAGGUAAAUACCACUCCUUUACCCCUGGUCCUAUCACCAUGGACCUCUCAGGUAAAUACCACUCCUUUAUCCCUGGUCCUAUCACCAUGGACCUCUCAGGUAAAUACCACUCCUUUAUCCCUGGUCCUAUCACCGUGGACCUCACAGGUAAAUACCACUCCUUUACCCCUGGUCUUAUCACCGUGGACCUCUCAGGUAAAUACCACUCCUUUAUCCCUGGUCCUAUCACCAUGGACCUCUCAAGUAAAUACCACUCCUUUAUCCCUGGUCCUAUCACCAUGGACCUCUCAGGUAAAUACCACUCCUUUAUCCCUGGUCCUAUCACCAUGGACCUCACAGGUAAAUACCACUCCUUUAUCCCUGGUCCUAUCACCAUGGACCUCUCAGGUAAAUACCACUCCUUUAUCCCUGGUCCUAUCACCAUGGACCUCUCAGGUAAAUACCACUCCUUUAUCCCUGUGUCUAUCACCAUGGACCCUCUCAAGUAA